AUGGAGGAAAGAAACAACUCGACGGCCGCAUGGUUUCUAUUUGAUUCUCAAAACGAAACCUCGACAGCUGAUUCCGAGGAGGUGAAACUAAGUUCCCAAAUCUUCCCGUCCUUUCUCCUGGCUGCGCUCAUUCUCUGUGCCAUAUUUGGUAACGCGUGUGUGGUUGCAGCUAUCGCCCUGGAGAGAAAUCUUCAGAAUGUAGGGAACUAUCUGAUCGGGUCUCUGGCCGUGACUGACUUGAUGGUAUCGGUUCUGGUGUUGCCAAUGGCGGCCCUUUACCAAGUCUUAAACAGGUGGGCUCUCGGACAGGUACCGUGUGAUAUUUUUAUCUCUUUAGAUGUGUUAUGUUGUACAUCAUCCAUUCUGCACCUGUGCGCCAUCGCCUUGGACAGGUACUGGGCCAUUACCGAACCCAUAGAGUAUAUGAAGAAGAGGACGCCCAGAAGAGCGGCGGUUCUGAUCAGUGUCACUUGGUUUGUCGGGUUCUCUAUCUCUGUUCCACCCAUGUUGAUCAUGCGUUCCCAGCCGAGUAGUAAGGCGGAGGACAUAGCAAACCCCGAGCAGUGCAUGAUAAGUCGAGACCCAUGGUACACAAUCUACUCAACAUUCGGCGCGUUCUACAUUCCGUUGAUACUCAUGUUGGUCUUAUAUGGACGGAUAUUCAAAGCCGCCAGGUUUAGAAUCAGGAGAACAGUGCGUAAAACAGAUAAAAAGAAAGUGUCUGAUUCUUGCUUGGGACUGUCCCCUACUCUUUUUCACAAGAGGACCAACGGCGACCCGAGUAAAAGCUGGAAGAGGAGCGUGAAGCCCAAACCGACCCUGUGCGUAAACGGCGCGGUCAAGCACGCGGAGGACGGUGAGUCGCUGGAGAUCAUCGAGGUUCACAGCAACUCGAAAAACAACCUGCCACUCCCCAACACCCCCAACUCCGAACCGCUCUUUGAGAGCAGACACGAUAAGAACAUGGAGGCAAAGAGAAAGAUGGCCAUGGCCAGAGAGCGCAAAACGGUAAAGACCCUGGGUAUCAUUAUGGGCACUUUUAUAUUUUGCUGGUUGCCUUUCUUUAUCGUUGCCCUGGUAAUGCCCUUUUGCCAGUCGUGCCAAAUGCCAAAGUGGCUCGAGGACGUCAUUAACUGGCUCGGGUACUCCAACUCCCUACUGAAUCCCAUAAUUUACGCAUACUUCAACAAGGACUUCCAAAGUGCUUUUAAGAAAAUAAUAAAAUGUCACUACUUCAAAACAUAA